UAGUCUAUGUUGUAAGAAAUAUCGAACAAUACACAAGCAGUUUUAUACUAACCGAAAUGCAUCCUAUUCGUUUCACUUGUGCAAACAACUUCGCGUACACAUGUAUACAUAUGUAUGUAUGUACAAACCUUUUAUCAAGAAGCACCUUGUAAAAAGUUUCUUAACUGUUACCUGAGAACUCAGACUUAAGUUUAAGGACAGAAAAUUUCAAAAUAUUUAUUAGAGAGCAUUGAGUUGUUUAUUUUUAAUCAUAAGUUUCAUAAGUGGCCUGAUUUUCCAUUGUGCAUAAAUAUUUUAUUCGAUGGGUUCUGUCGGAGCGAUCGGUCUGCGAGUGGUGCGGGUGGAGCGAGUGGUGCGCGUCGGGCGAGUAGUGCGCGUGGAUCGAGUAGUGCGCGUCGGGCGAGUAGUGCGUGUGGAGCGAGUAGUGCGCGUCGGGCGAGUAGUGCGCGUGGAGCGAGUGGUGCGCGUCGGGCGAGUAGUGCGCGUGGAGCGAGUGGUGCGCGUCGGGCGAGUAGUGCGCGUGGAGCGAGUAGUGCGAGUAGGGCGAGUGGUCCGUGUAGGGCGAGUAGAGCGCGUUGGACCAGACUGAAGAGCUCUUCUCACAUUUUCACAGGAGAGUGUCCUACACUGCACUAUAGUCACUGGAAAUACAAAAAUAAAAUGAGAUAAAUUGAUCAAUUAUAAAAUAUAAUUAGUAAUAUACGCCGCUCUAUAUUUCGUAGACUUACAUUGACAGGAGGCGUCAGACAACUGGCAACGGGAGAUAUUGCGCCAACUAGGAUUGCUUCUCCGGCAAUUGUUGUUAAAGACAUCAGUGACAUCGUUGGAAGUUCCCAGACGAGCCUGAUUGCGUAGACAUCUGGUGUUCUCGCGCUGGCAAAUCUCACGUCCCAGAGGCGAUAUCGUCGUCUGGCUAGCCACGCAAAUGCAACCAAUAGCUAGGAAUUGAAUAUGUUAGAAUUUUCUAUGACUACUGUUGACUUGACUCCUAGAUUCUCACCCAAUAGCAAAGAAAUUUUCCACAUCUUGGUGUUGUUACGUAAAGCGCAAGAUCAAGUUCUGUGCUGGAACAGUGCUGAUACUUGGGCUUUUAUAAAGGGCUGGAAAUAUUUUGGGGAAACACCUGUUUUCUCUGUAUAGAAAAGACUCUAUUAUCACGAGUUUCAAGAAGCACGAAACAACGGUGCAUUCAAAUGGCUAAAAGACAAUAAACUCGCUUUGUCAAAAAAUUUCUUUAUAGCUCUCCCAGUUUUGUGUUCGUUGUACUUCAUUUUUUUGAAGGAACAUCUUUUUUGGUUGGUUUCGAAAGGUAUAUAAAGGGUUCGGCAUCAGUAGUAUUCAGUAGUAAUCAGAACGAGUAGUUCUCAUCAGCCAGAAGUAAACGGAGAAAAUGAAUAUUAGUAUCAUUUUGGCUUUAUUUGCUGUCCUCUGCCUGACUAUGAUAUCUGGUCAGAGGAAUGACUGCGACGCACUGCGACGCGCUUGCGAAAGUUGUUCGAGGGGUUUGCAGAAUCCGGCGGAUCGUAGCCUGCCCGCAUUGAAUAGGGAGUGCAGGAGCAAGACUCGUACUACCUGGGUUUGGCGCGAUAUUAGCCGAUGCGAGCUUACCAGAUUAAACUGUAUAGGAGCUAAUCGUCGCUUGAACUGUGCAGAUAUUGCUGAACUUGCUAAUAUGCAACGUAUCAGGAACUGAGGAAUUAUUGACAAUUGAUAUGAUGAUUUAAAUUUAAUCUAAAAUAAAAUAUAAAAGAGAGCAUUGAAUUAAAUACCUUUGUAUUUUUUAUGCUCGGUACUCAACGACGACGGAACCAGUAAUUAACAGUGUAGAUAAUGUGCAGUCACAGCGAUAGCUGAUCUGCCAAUAAUUUUCCGGUAUAUAAAGACUUGAACUCUUGACUGUGACGCAACACAAGUAUGUUUCGAUACACUUAUACCGCUUGACUACUUAACUUUCUCAAACUACAGCGCGUUAUUGUUUGAACUUCAUGUUUCCUGGCGGCGAUCUCACAUACUGUACUUGUCUGGGUUCUACAAUUUUUGGCCGCUUGAACCGAAAUUGGUUUUUCGUUUUGCUUUGAGGGCUGAUGUAGCGACCUGCGCUGACCUGCCGCUACAUAAAUAAGGAAUGGGCAAAUUGUGCGAGGGUGGGAAGCAAUAAAAUAUAUUAAUUGUUUGAUUUAUUUGAAAUUGCACCUUUACAUUUUUUUUUUUUAAUUAAAUAUUGUGCAAAUGCCGUCGGCUUUCAACUUAGAAACUCUGUUAAUAAACUUAUAUACUGUAUGGUUAGUGUCGAUACUUUAGGGUGGUCUAACAAAAUGUUUAAUUUAGGAAAAAUGUAAAAAUUUCGAAAAAAUUUAAAAAUGUAAUAAAAAUUAAAAAAAAACCAAAAAG